AUGGAUAAUGAUAGCAGCGGGAGUACUCCGUCCGGUCCGAGCAAGCCCUCGACCGGCAGCACGCCCCAGGGCUGCUCUGAUUCGGCCUCUGCCGCCACCCCCCAGCCCCCAUCUUCCUCGUCUUCGUCGCGGCCGAUCGCCCGCCCAUCGUCUACUUCUUCGGUCGCUCACAGCUCACAAAAUUCGAAACGACGUCGUGGGUUGGGAAUUGUCACGCCAAAUGCGUGCACGGAAUGCCGCAAGAAGCGCGCCAAGUGCGAUGGCAGCAACCCUUGCGGUCGCUGCAAAGCCCAGAAAGUUGAGUGCGUCUACGAAAUGCCCGUUCGCCAAUCUAAAGAAAAUCUUCGCACCGAAAUUGAGCAGCUGCGUCACCGCCAACGAUCUAGCAAUCAGGUCUUUUCCGCCCUUGUCCGCUCGAAUCUCUGGGAAGAUGUUUUGGGUCGGCUGCGCAACGGCCAGUCCGUCGACAGCAUAUCCGACUGGCUCGGCAGCAACCUAGCGUCGGACGUUGAACGGACCAGCACAAAGGGCCAUUCUCUUCCACAUCACCAGACUGGGGAUACCAACAUGGCAGCCGGUGACACUUCCCGUGGCCCUAUUAUGUCUGUUGAUGACUAUGGCCAAGGACACCAUGGCAUGGCUUCCAUGAGCCUGAGCCCUUCGCAGCCGCACGCACCUUUCCACAGCGAUUUAAGGCAAUCCAGCCCCUGGCAAUUUUCAUCGCAUGAUCCCACAGCUACUGGAUCCACAAGAAGCAACUCUCUUGCCGACGCUAGAAGCAUGGCUUCUGAGCUUCACGGUCCGCCGCAGACGCGCGUUGGAUAUUGGGCCGAGAACAUGGAGACAGAUCCCGCCCCCGAAAGCCAGCUGCCGCGCUUUCGCGGUCUCGAGCAGGUCCUCUCGCCUUUGAGUGACCCCGAAAUGCAGCGCCAUUCUUCUGGUACCUGGACUAGCAUUACUAGCGACGUUAACUUGGUCCAUCAUUUACUCGCCCUGUACUUUUGCUGGGAGUACCCCACUUUCGCUUCCCUUAGCAAGGAGCAUUUUCUCCGGGACUUUCAAGACGGACGCCAUCGAUACUGUUCACCGAUUCUCAUCAACGCGCUGCUUGCUUUAGGCUGCCGCUUCUCGACACAACCUAAAACCAGAGAAUUCCCUAAUGAUCCAUAUUCAUCGGGCGACCACUUUUUCAAGGAGGCUCUCCGGCUUCUUAAUGCCGAGACGGACCAGCACUCGCUCACGGUCAUCCAGGCGCUGGGCAUCAUGUCUAUCCGCGAGGCUAGCUGUGGUAGAGACUCGGAAAGUUGGUACUACUCUGGCCAGAGUAUCCGGUUGGCUAUUGAGAUGGGCUUGCAUCUCUCACGGGAACACACCGAUCUCGACGAGAUGGCUGUACAGUCCGCCACAUUUUGGGGCGCUUUCGCUCUCGAUCACGCCUGGUCUCUUGCCACAGGCUCCCUUCCGCAAAGUUCCUGCUUUGCCCGGCUACCGAUGAAGCCGGGCAUCAUAGCCGACAUCGAGGCGUCCUUAUGGGUUCCUUAUACAGACAAUGGCGCACCUCUGCAGCGAUCAUGCGAGCAACCAUCGAAUGUCAGAUCCGUGUACAAAUGUUUUUGUGAACUGAGCGAGCUCGUCCAUCAAUCCCUCUAUAUGCUCCACUCUCCCGGAAAACCGUUGACAGCGCGAGAGCUACUCAGCAUUUAUACCCAGUACCUCAACUGCAUGUAUUAUCACUUUGCUAUUCUACUUCUUUUCCGGCCCUUGAUCAAGUUGCGCAUCAUCGGAUCCAAAGUUUCCCCACGAGACGUCUGCUCGCAAGCCGCCGACGCCAUUCAAAACUUGCUCAAGUCGUACUCGCAACUAUACACGCUGCGGCGGACACCGACGUUUGUCCCGUACUUUGUGCUCACUUCGACCAUCAUGCACCUUGCCAUCGGGGCUACCAAGGUUUCAUCUGACCUAAGCGGCAGCGACGCCAUGGGCGAGAGCGCCAAAAUCGACCCACACGCAUCAGACUCCUUGGCCCAAGGUAUUGCGGACUUGGCCGAGAUGGCGCCCUGCCACCAUUUUGCCGAGCAAGCUCUCAACAUCCUGCGAUUUCUGGCCAAGAAAUGGAACAUCGAAGUGGAAUUCGGCAGCAGCAACAAGCCCGUACCCGACGACUACGAGAAGCUUCUCAAGCCCUACACUAGUAGUCUCAACUUUUUUGCGCCGAAUUUCACUGCGGAAGAUUUCAUAUGUCGCUGGGGGAAGGCGAGCAUAGUCGCCGACCCCAACUUGCCGUCUCCAAGUCAGGGCACGGGGCUGCAGGCCGCUGUCGACAAUAUUGAGAACCCGUUGUUCUGGCCCUUUCCUAUGCAAGGACGGCCGAUGCUGCCCACUGGACAAGAGCUGGAACAAGCUGGAUUUGCCAUGAUAUAA